UAUAACGACCCACUCAUUCGAUCAAUGAACAAGGUCAUGAUAUGGUACCGUAGUAGGAAUUGAAGGGGAAGAGAUAUAUUAACUUGUGCGUUUGCAGACAAUAUUAGUUUUUCUUGCAUCAUGGCAGAAAAGGACGUGGAAAGCUUGAGAAGUUUCCUUCAAAGAUUCAGCUUGGGUGAGGGCAGUGAUGCCCAAGAAGAAAAGCCUAAACCAGAACAACUGCUGAAAGAACUCACUCUUCAGGGUGUUGCGGACUUUAUCAAAGAAGGAAAAUGUAAAAAUGUGAUUGUCAUGAGUGGAGCUGGAAUAUCCACAUCUGCUGGAAUUCCAGAUUUCAGAAGUCCAGGUACUGGUUUGUAUGACAACCUGCAGAAAUACAACUUCCCAAAUCCACAAGUCAUCUUUGAAAUUGGUUUCUUCAGGGAGAAUCCAGAACCUUUCUUUACCCUGAGUAAAGAGUUGUUUCCAGGAGCGUUCUUCCCAACCCCAAGCCACUUCUUCAUCCGUUUGCUUCAUGAAAAGGGAAUCUUGCUAAGACACUACACUCAGAACAUUGAUACCCUGGACCGAAUAGCAUGUGUACCAGAUGAAAAGAUCAUGGAGGCCCAUGGAUCCUAUCACACCGGUCACUGCUUGAACUGUAAUGAGGAGUACACAGAAGAGUUAAUGAGAGAAAAAAUCAUGGCUGAUUUAAUUCCAAAAUGUGCAAAAUGUGAUGAAGGAGUCAUCAAACCAGAUGUGGUAUUCUUUGGUGAAUCACUUCCUCAUCUUUUCCCUCGUUUGGUGUCUGAGGACUUUCCACAAUGUGAUCUCCUUAUCGUGAUGGGUACUUCACUUGUCGUCCAGCCUUUUGCAUCCUUGGUUGAUAAAGUGCCAGAAACCACUCCCAGAUUACUGAUCAACAUGGAGAAAACUGGACAGGUUGAUCCAAUGAUGAUGGUGUCUGGUUUUUCAUCGGGUAUGGACUUUGACUCCGAUGACAAGUAUAGAGAUGUAGCCUACAUCGGCUCAAGUGAUGAAGGAUGUGAGAAACUUGCUGAUCUAAUCGGUUGGAAGAAAGAUUUUGCAGCUCUUGUCAAAGAGGGUGAAGCACAAAAACAGAAAAAACAAGGCAAAUCUGUCAAGAAAAACAAUGACCAUGCAUCGUCUUCAACAGCCAAAACUCCUUCGGCAGCAAAAGAUAAAACCCCUAAAACAUCAUCUCCAUCUAAGAAGUCUUCGGCAUCACCAACAAGUGAACAGAAACCCAAAACAUCAUCUCCAUCUAAGAAGUCUUCGGCAUCACCAACAAAGGACCAGAAACCCAAAACUGCAAAUGUUGGCAAUUACUCUUAUUGUUGAUUUUCACAAUUAAUUGUCCAUUUCAGUCAAUGCAAUCAAUCUUUAAAAAAAAAGAAGUUCUACAGUGAUUGUUAAGCUUUGUGUUGGUUGCAGGCCCCAGAGGCCCAUUUCUCAACACCGUCGUAAGUCAUAACUUCUUGACUAAAUCAUAGAUAGUCAGCUACUUGUCCGCUAACCGUUUCA